GCAAAUCUUGCGCGUGCGUGCUUAGCAGGCAAAGUGCGUGCUUAGGCAGACCAAUCUUGCGCCGUGCGUAUCGUUGGAAUGCGGUCGACCGAGGAGGAGUCGCGAGUAUAACGGAGGGGCGGCGGCCGGUGCCGGGUGCUGGUGCUGGGUAAAGUGUGGUGUUGGAUAGGGUGUGGUGUAAGGUGCUGUGCUGGGGAAGGUGCUGGUAGGGGUAACGGCGGCCGGUGCCUGUGUAUGGCGGGGGACGGCGGCGGCCGGGCCGGCUUCUCGUCCAAGGUAUCAAACUGCUUGCCGGCCAGCAGGUCGCGCCCUCGGAGAAAGCCCUGGAACCUGAGUGGUGAAUCCGCCAAAGCCCUGCGAACGAGGCCCACCAGAACGGCCCACCUCGCUCACCCCCGCAGCCGCCGCUGCAGCGUAGUGCUGCCACCUGUCAUUUUUGCGGGUUUGCGUAGUUCGACACGCCACGGAUGAUAUGGCACGGGAAUUCGGUCAUGAUCCCCGCUGUCACGGCCGGUAGGAGGUAGGAAGAGCUCACUGCUUGUGGGGCCGCGCAGCAAGGAGUGG